AUGCCCUCACAAAUCCUGACCCUGCUAGAACCGCACUUCGCCUCCGCGCAAAAGCACAUUAACGCCGACCCCGACUUCCAAGCUUCAGCCGCGGGCGUGCGAUGCGCCUUCGCCAUCACAUCCAGUGAAAAUCCAAAUGACUCCGUGAUCGUAGGGAUCGACUCGCAGCGCGCCGCUCUCGAAGUCGGGCCCGCGCAUUAUGGGACGUUUGCCAUUCAAGCCAGGCCGGAAGACUGGACGGCUUUCUUCGACGGCACACUCGUCCGGCCGUAUCAGUCUUUCUGGGGCAUGUUGCGAGUUCUGGCGCCGGAGAACAAGGAGAUAGCUAUUCUAGGCGAUCAGCAGUCUUUCGCCGCGCAUGCGCGAAUCUGGCGAAUCGUGCUGGAUCGAAUACGAGACGCGGUGCAUGGCAAAGCUAUUCGCACGGCAGCAGAGCACGAACCCCCGGCGGAGGAGGUGGUCGAAGACGAUGCAGUGACUGGGAAGUAUAUCUGGCUUGAGAUGGCGGAGUACGGCAAAGUGAAGAUCUUCUACGAGACGGCUGGCGACGGACCGCAGGAUAUCUUAUUCCUGCACACGGCUGGCUCGGACUCGCGGCAAUACCACACGCUGAUGAACAAUGCUGAUCUGCGCGAGCGAUGCACGAUGUAUGCCUUCGACCUGCCUGCGCACGGAAGGUCGAGUUUGGGAUCAAAGCAGGCGCCGGAGGGAUACAAGUUGACUGAAGCAUCCUACCUCGAAGCCAUAGGGAAGGUAAUCGCUCGUCUCCGCCUGCGCAACACAAUCCUCUGCGGCGCCUCGAUGGCCGGCCACGUAUGUCUAGCAGCAGCGAUAGCCGCGAAAAAGCUGGACGUGCACGGCGUGAUAGCCUGCGAAGCCUGCGAGCACCUCGCAUUCGACCAGCCGAUUUACGAAAUCAAAGGCGCAGACACGUCGCUUCUCGACCCCGAGCGGGUGUGCGGAAUGUGCGCCCCGACGUCGCCGGAGUACUACAAGCGGCAGGUCUGGUGGCAGUACUCGAGCAAUGGAUACGGGGUGUUUGCGGGGGAUUUGAAGUUCUACUUCCGGGGGUGGGACGGGAGGGGGAGGGUGGAGGGGAUUGAUACGCGGCGGUGUCCGGUGUAUUUGUUGACGGGGGAGUAUGAUUAUAGUUGUACGACGGAGGCGAGCAAGGCUACUGCGGAUAAGAUCCCUGGGGCGAGGUUUGAGGCUAUGAAGGGGUUGGGGCAUUUUCCUUUGACGGAGAAUCCGGAGCUUGUGCUGCCGUAUCUUUUGCGGGCGAUUGCUUUUAUUCAGAGGAAUCGUGAGGACGACUGA